AUGUCUGACAGCGAGAAACCGCCGUCUACUUUCCCUCAGCCCGACGAGUUCGACUCGGACCCGCGAGUCUCCUUCUCGAAGCUUGACAACAAGUACAUACUGGAAACAGACAAUGGCGAGGAAUACACUUAUGAUGACGCUCUGAAGAGAUGGAUACCCUCGCUGGACGAGUCCUUGAUGGAACAACAGAGACAGGCAUACAAGAUGCAGGGGGUCGACGAGGAGGAGCCUGCGAAUCUCAAGACCCUCCAGGAGAAAAAGAAGAAGCGGAAACAUAAUGAUGAAUCAACUACCGCCCAGAAACCCAAGAAACCGCGUGUUAAUACAGCCGUAUACGUAACUGCCAUCCCUCUCGAUGCCACUGUAUCUGAGGUCAGCUCUCUCUUCAGCAAAUGCGGCGUUAUCGCAGAGGAAAUCGACAGCGGAAAGCCACGCAUAAAGAUGUAUACAGACGAACAGGACGCGUUUAAAGGCGAUGCACUCGUCGUAUAUUUUCGUCCCGAAUCCGUCAACCUCGCUAUUCAGAUGCUAGACGAUACCGAUUUCCGGUUUGGCGAGAAGGGCGCGGAGGGUAACAUGAGGGUGCAGCCGGCAGACUUCUCCUUUAAGGCUGUGCAGGAAGCCCCAGCAAAGGCGAACAUGAGGGAUAAGAUGAAAAUCAUACGCAAGACCCAGAAAUUGAACAAGUAUGCAGCCGUCCAGUCGGAGAGGUUGAUAGUAGUUUGGUUAACCUGGGCCUAUAGUAAACUCACCGACUGGGAUGAUGAUGAUGUUGGGCCUAGACAUUCAGGAAAGGCAGGGAAGGUUGUGGUGUUGAAACAUAUGUUUACACUGCAAGAGUUGGAGGUAAACCCCCCAAUCCGUUCUAUUCAGUGCAUCAGCAUGUUUUUUUUAACUUCCGGCUUUGUCUCACAGGAGGAUCCAGCCGCCAUUCUCGACAUUAAAGAAGACAUACGCGAGGAAUGCUCAAAGCUGGGUGAAGUGACCAACGUGGUGCUCUACGACAAAGAAGAAUCAGGAAUUGCCACAGUCCGCUUCUCCGACCCCGAGUGUGCCCAGGCUUGUGUGCAGGUAUGGCUUGAGUACCAGCAUGAUUUUACGGACAUAGAGAGCCGAGCUAACAAUAAUGGCCAGAUGAUGAACGGCCGCUUCUUUGGCGGCACCCAGGUCGAAGCAUACGUAGUUGAGGGUAAAGUCCGGUUUAAGAAGUCGGGCGCCAGUGCAGCUGCUGCCCUACAGGAUGACGGGGCCGGCUGGGAGGCUGAGGCCGGCAAAGACGACGAAGCUCAGCGACUGGAUAAGUUUGGUGCCUGGCUCGAGCAGGAGAAGGAGGCCACCAAGAAGACAGCCGACAGCUAA